CUCUGCUUGGGGACUGUCAACUGCGGGAGAGAAGCUUCAGUGGCUCAGCCUGUGCUGGAGGAGCUGGGGCUGUCCCUGGAGGAGGCAGCUGCUCUGCGGGAAGCCCUGGGGUUGGGUUUUUCCAUCCCCUGGCUUCUGUCCUGCUCCCUUUGACAGCGUGACUCAGAUGAGGCAACCACCAGCCUGGAGGAGGCAGAGCCAUGGCAUCGCUGCUGUGCAACGCCCGCAUCCAGCUCACGGACACACUGGAGCAGAUGCAGCAAGGGACGCUGAUGCGCAAAGUCAAGUCCAAGAACUGGAAGAAGCAGCGCUACUUCAAGCUACAGGAUGACUGCAUGACCAUCUGGUACCAGUCCAAGAGGACAGGCAAAAUUGAGUCUGCCUUCUCCAUCAGCGACGUGGAGACGGUGCGGGAAGGGCACCAGUCUGAGGUGCUGCAGAGCCUGGCUGAGGAGUUCCCCCCCGAGCGCUGCUUCACCAUUGUCUUCUAUGGCCGCCGGGGAAACCUGGACCUCAUUGCUGGCUCAGCAGAGGAGGCACAGUGCUGGAUCCAGGGCCUGCGCCAGCUCAUUGAGGUGGCCACCAGCAUGGACCAAAGGGAGAAGAUAGACCAAUGGAUUCGUGACUGGUUCCAAAAAGCUGACAAGAAUAAGGAUGGACGCAUGAACUUCAAGGAGGUGCAGCGUCUCCUCAAGAUGAUGAAUGUGGACAUGAACGAGGAUCAUGCCCUGCGGCUCUUCCAGGAUGCUGACAAGUCAGAGUCAGGAACACUGGAAGGAGAGGAGUUUGUGCUCUUCUACAAGGCCCUGACACAGCGUGAGGAGGUGCUGAGCCUCUUCCAGGACUUCUCUGAGGAUGGGAAAAAGCUGACGUUGCUGGAGCUGGUGGAUUUUCUGCGGCAGGAGCAGUUGGAGGACACGGGCACAGAGGAGUUGGCCAUGGAGCUCAUCGACAAGUAUGAGCCAUCGGAGACAGCCCGGGCUCGCCAUGUGCUGAGUGCUGACGGGUUCCUCAUGUACCUCUGCUCCCCGGAGGGCUCCAUCUUCAACCCCCAUCACCGGGAGCUGUGGCAGGACAUGACUCAGCCACUCUGCCACUACUUCAUCUCCUCUUCCCACAACACCUACCUGAUAGAGGACCAGAUCCGGGGCCAGAGCAGCAUCGAGGGCUACAUCAGGGCUCUGAAACGGGGCUGCCGGUGUCUGGAGGUGGAUUGCUGGGAUGGGCCAAAUGGAGAGCCCAUGGUGUACCACGGCCACACCUUCACCUCCAAGAUCCCUUUCCGGGAGGUGGUGAGCACCCUGGAGAAGUAUGCCUUCAAGACCUCAGACUACCCGGUCAUCCUGUCCCUGGAGAACCACUGCAGCAUGGAGCAGCAGGAGGUCCUGGCCCAGCAGCUUAAGGCUAUCCUGGGCGAAAAACUCCUCACCACCACCACCGACGGGCGGGUCCCCACCCAGCUCCCAUCCCCAGAGGAACUGAAGCACAAGAUCCUGCUGAAGGGGAAGAAGAUCGGGCGGCUGGAGGACACGCUGGAUGGGCCUGGGGAUGAGGCACCUGAUGUGUCCGACGAUGACAAUGGGGCAGAGGUGGAGGAGGAGAGGCGGAGGGCAAAGAAGGACAAGGAGAGCCUGGCACAGGCACUGUCUGACUGCGUCAUCUACUGCAAAAGUGUGUCCUUCCGGGGCUUUCAGGAGGCUCGCAGCCAUUCCCGACCCUCUGAGAUCUCCUCCCUGUCUGAAGCCAAGGCCAGGAAGCUCAUCCGGGAUAUGGGGAAUGAUUUUGUCCGCCACAAUACCUGGCAGCUGACACGCGUCUACCCCAGCGGAAUGCGAACAGACUCCUCCAACUACAGCCCCCAGGAGAUGUGGAAUGUGGGGUGCCAGAUCGUGGCCCUGAACUUCCAGACCGCUGGCAUGGAGAUGGACCUGUGUGAUGGGCUCUUCAGCCAGAAUGGCCGCUGCGGCUAUGUGCUCAAACCACCCUUCAUGAGGGACAAAGACACUCUCUUCAACCCCAGUGACCCUGACAGCCGGGAGGGUCCUGGCCCCACCACUCUGACAAUCCAGGUGAUCAGUGGGCAGCAGCUGCCGAAAGUGGCCAACAGCAAGGACGGAGCCAUCAUUGACCCACUGGUGCGUGUGGAGAUCCACGGGGUCCCUGCUGACCAGGCGCACCAGGAGACCAAGCACAUUGAGAACAAUGGGUUUAACCCCCGCUGGGAUGAGAUGCUCCAGUUCCAGCUCCAUGUACCCGAGCUGGCUCUUGUCCGCUUUGUGGUGGAAGAUUACGACAAGACCUCCAGGAAUGACUUUGUGGGCCAGUUCACCUUAGCCUUCACUAACAUCAAACCCGGCUACCGCCACAUCCAUCUCCUCUCCAAGGACGGCACCAGCAUCCCACCCUCUUCGCUCUUCGUCCACAUCCGCAUCACUGAGCCGCCCAGCCCCGAGCAGGACUGAGUCUGUGGGGCAAGCAGGACCUGAAUGGAGGCCAUAGAGCUGGCCCCGAGCAGCUGGGGCUGUAGAGCCAACCACAUUGCCCUCUUGCUGAGCUGUUUGUGUCAUCCCUGUGUUGUCAUUCUCCGCUGUGCCCCCAUUUGCAGUGGCCUCCAGGGGCCGGGAAAAGGCACUGACCUCCCCUUCCCAGGUCUGGGACACUGCCUCCUACACGAGUGUGGGGUCUGCAAUGGUACAGCCCACCCUGGCCCACAGGCAUGGCUUGGCCAUGAGGAGGGGGAGAGAUGUUGCACAGCACCCCACAGCCACAGGGGCUGGUCCCCACUGGCCAGGGGAGCAAGGCUGGAGCCAAGCAAACCACAGGGCUGGGCAGAAUCGGGAGAAGAGUUGGUUCUCACUGCCCUCAGCCCUGCAGAGUCCUAUCACAGCCCCCAAGGCUGCUCCUGGCUGGUGCCCGUUACUAACCCUUGAUAUGUCCCUCCUCUGUAAACAACUUAAUAAAUUGUUCAGUGACAGAUA